GUGCGUGACCUGGUUACCGUGGUGAUACCACUUCGUGAGGUGGUACUGGUAGAGAAGGUUGACAAUGCAGCCAGUGGUGAAUUAGGAACUGAUGCCUUGGUGGUCACUACUAAGGGGAAGAACAACUUCAUAUUCUCUCAGCUUCCUGUACGAGAGUUUAUUCUGCAGAAGCUUUCGGAUUUCUUGUCCAGAGUUGAGGAGCCCUCAGACAAGAGUCCUUCAAGACAGAACUCAGCCUGUGAUAGUGUCACUAGUGUCACCAGUUCUCCAGCUGAUGACAUCCAGUUCCAGCCAGCUUUGGUCAGCUUGUUUCACAGGAGGCAUUCAGAUGAAUUGUCUGCGAGAGAAACUGUCAAAGAACAUCUAUGGGAUGUUCAUUUCUCAGAAUACGGCAGGGGUGUAUGUAUGUACAGAACCCACAAGACCCAGGACCUUAUUUUACAAGGACUGCCAGAAAAGUUUAGAGGGGAGAUCUGGAUGCUGUUUUCUGGUGCCAUAAAUGAGAUGGCUACAAAUAAAGGUUAUUAUAGAAACAUGGUAGAACAAAGCCUUGGGAAGUACACUCUAGCUAAUGAUGAGAUAGAGAGAGAUCUUCACAGGUCACUGCCUGAACAUCCUGCCUUCCAGUCUGAUCUGGGAAUCAGUGCUCUGAGGCGAGUGUUAACUGCUUAUGCCUGGAGAAAUCCUACUAUAGGUUACUGCCAGGCCAUGAAUAUUGUGACCAGUGUACUACUGCUGUAUGUUAGUGAGGAGGAGGCAUUCUGGUUAUUGACGUCCAUUUGUGAGCGACUUUUACCCGACUAUUACAACACCAAAGUGGUCGGGGCAUUGAUCGACCAGCAUGUUUUUGAGGACCUGAUUAAUGAGAACCUCCCAGCCCUGCAUCAGAAGUUAGAGGUCCUGGGUCUCCUCAGUAUGAUCUCCUUGUCAUGGUUCCUCACAAUAUUCCUCAGUGUGAUGCCAUUUAACUGUGCAGUCUGCAUAAUGGAUUGUUUUUUCUAUGAUGGAGCCAAGGUUAUCUUUCAAGUGGCCUUGACAAUCCUGGACAAUAAGCAGGAGGAGCUAUUGGAGGCCCGUGAGGAGGGGGAGGCGAUGACCAUACUGAGCUCCUACCUAGAGAACAUCACAAAUAAAGACUCCACAAUGCCCCACAUUGCUCACACUAGCUCCAUGUGUGGAAGUCUCUCAGAGAAGAAAGAGCCCAGUGUUGAUGUGGCUGUUCUGAUAGAUGAUAGCUACAGAAAGUAUGGACACAUAAGUAACGAAGAUAUAGACAAACUUAGACUGAAGUACCGUCUUCGAGUAGUGCAGCAUAUUGAGGACAGCACAAAGAAAAAUGUACUCAGAAGUGUUCAAACCCACACGUUGUUCAAAGGCAAAGAGCUAGAGGAUUUAUUUGUUCUGUUCAAGGAGGAGUAUCUGACCUCAUGUUACUGGAGGACUAGUCAACAACCAGCUGACAUGGGAGACAAAUUUGACCCCUCCCGACCUUACUUUGAGAUGUACAAGGUGGAUUUUGAGCAGUUCAAAACCAUGUACCUAUCUCUCUCUCCUUGGGCCUCAGGACAAAGAGCAGGCCACCUAGCUCUCAGGACAUUUAAGUUUCUGGAUGAUAAUAAAGACAACAUGAUAAACUUCAGGGAGUUUGUUUACGUGCUUGGUGUCAUAUGUAAAGGGGACAUAACUCAGAAGCUGAAGCUGCUCUAUCUCCUUCAUCAGUUACCUCCCCAUGAAUUGGAGAGCAUGCCUACUUCACCCCCAGUGUCUCCAGCUAGUACAAAGACAGAGAGUCCAGAGAAUGCCAUGGAGGCUACAGAUUUCUUUGACAGUGAUACCAGCUCAAUGGAUGCCCUACAAGAUGAAAUAACUCUACCUGGGGAUCCUAUUACAGAAGAAAAAGAUGAGGAAAAGAAGGAAGAAUUAGAAUCAGAAGCCAGUGCAGAAGACCAACCCCAGUCUGAGGCUGCUAGUCAGGAAAAGGACAGCAAUAAGACAGACACACAGGGAGCAGAGAGUGGUGGAUCCAAGAUUGUGGGGAGUGGGCCCUCGGGUGAUGAGGGAUUGGAUAUUAUACAGAAGUCUGUAGAGGGAGGCACAGCCCAGAAAGAAGCAGAGCUUCAAGAGAAUUUAAAGAAGGUAUAUGCAAAGAAAAAGGAACUUAACAGAAGUGACAGUAAAGCGGAGUUCAAGGAUGUACCCAGAAUGUCUCAGGCUCAGUUUAUUGACUUGUGGAGAACACUCUAUGACCUUUUUUCGGAUAAUGAUCAGGAACAACAACUUUAUCAUUCCAUUGCAUCUGUUGGGACGUUGUUAUUAGAAAUGGGAGAAGUUGGUAAAAGAUUCUACCUCCAGAAGUCAGUUUCAGAGAGCAGUACGGGAGAAACCAGCUCCACGGGACUAGAGGGUCUGACAGAGGAAGUAGAGAAGCUCAAAAUGGACCAAUCACAGAGCUCGUCUGAUGAGAGCAAGGAAUCUGUAAAGGAGGAGACAUGUUCGACUCAAAUGGACAGCACAAAACCUGAAGAGGGAUCCUCACCAUACACCAGAAACUCAUAUUCUAAACCUGACUCUGAUUGGUCAAUUAGUUUUGAGCAGAUGGUUGCAUCUUUGCUAACAGAACAGCCAUUGGUCACCUUUUUUGAGAAACAAGUGAAUGUAUCUGAGGCUGUGUCAAAAAUGAGAAACCGUAGGCUCAUAACAAGACAAUCUAGUCACUUUCCAGAAAAGAAAAAGUAAUAUGUAUACACAAAAUUUUACAUGUAUACACAAAAUUUUAGGGUAGAGCAUUCUUACAUUGGGGUCAGGUAAAUGUAGACAUUGCUUCAAUCUAUUUUACAUCAGGCAAUGUAAAUUUACCAGGUUAAUUAAAAAUAUUUAAAAUUAAGUAAUUUUAAUUAAUUAAUAAUUUUAGGGGUACUGAUCUGUGUUUUCCAUUGCAUGCAUGCAAUUUUACUGCUAUAUCGCCUUAAGAUGUACACUGAAUGUGCAAUAAACAUUUGUAUAUGUGGGCAUUUAAAAUGUCAUUGAAAUUUCAAAUGGCAAUAGAAACCACUGAUAGUUUAAAUAAAUGAUGGACCAGGUGUUUAAUCAUCUUAUAUCAUGAUAUUAAAAUAUUAUUGAAUGAUGGUUAACAUGUGAAGCUUUAGGUUAUUGUUCCUUAUUUUUUGUUCCCAAUUAUUUUCAAAAAGUAGAACAUGUUUUAUUAAGGAGAUUUUUUAAAGUAUAUGUUGUGUUUGAUGGGAAAUUGAGUUUGGAUAUAUAUCUUAACUUUACUUUGACUUUAGUUAGGGAAGAGAUGUAAAUGUGAUUAUGAAGAGUGCUUUACAAGUAGGAAUAAAAAAGAAUAAAGAAAAAAAUUAAGAUUUUAAUGAGUGUUUUUAUGAUACUUUCUACACCUUUGCCCUAAUUGUAAAGCACAAUAAAAAAAACCAUGUCUAAAGAAACUCUUGAUUCUUAUUCAUAGGAUGCAGUAAUCUUAUGCAGGGAAAACAAAUUAGCUUCAGCUUGAAAAUGUUUUAUGUUUUGUACCACUCAGAUGUUUGCUUCAAACUUGUGGGAUUUGUUUUUGGACAUUGUAUAUAUAUUUCCUAGAUGAAUGAAACUACUUUGUUCUUCUUACAUAUUUUUUCACCAUUUGAUUUAUACUUUUAAAGUUUCAUUACUAGAUAAACAUUUUCAUGACUCAAUCAGACGUAACUGGCUCAAUGAGAUAUAUACAUUUUUUAUACUGCAUGCAAAACAUAUAUAAAUGCAUUCAUGGUUUUUCUUGAGAUUUUGCAGUAUAAUUGCUCUCUUACAGUGUGACUGACAGGCACUGAAGUAUUUUAUGUGUCCAAGUAGACUUCAUUCUUCCACCAAAACAAAUGAGUUUAUGCUCUCCAUUAGUUGGUUAUCUUAAGCCUUUUGCUUCAUGCAAUUUUCAUUCAAUAUAAAAUACUUAUUUUCAAAAUAUUGAUAUUUGUCUAUAUGGCUAUUCUCAAUAUACCAUAUGACAGUGGUUAAUGCAUUGUUUUGUCUGUGAAAAUUUUAUUAGAAUUAUCUGUACAUGUACAUAUAUCUAUGAAUGUUUUAAAUGUUUUGGGGAUGAAUAAUGUACAUGCACAUGCAAAAUUUAUAAGUGAUAAGUAAAAACCUAUUGUGCAAUAUUAGUGGGUGUAAAACAUCACAAAAUAAAUCAAAGUUUAUCGA